AUGAGUUCCCCAAGUCCUCUUGCGAGAGUUCUCGGAAGGGGAUUUGAAGUUGUCCUCGGAAGGAAAUGUCGUCCUACCAGGCUGACGUCGGGGCAGUCAGAAGGUCGCGUCGAGUGGACUGGUGAGGGGACAUCUGGGCGCUUCGUCUUCUGUGCCUCGCGUGCUGUCAGUCCACCAUAG